AUGGCCCGGCUGGGCGCGCUGCUCAGCUUCGCGCUGCUGGCGGCCGCCGUGGCCAGCGACUACCGGUACGUCCUGGAGGUGGCGGACGCGGGCAACCGCACGGGGCGCGCCGCGCGGCGGUCCUGGCUCGGGCUCUGGCGCGUCUGCGAAGGGCAAAACAGCUGCGUCCCCCUGAGCGACCCCUUUGCCGGCGAGAGCCUGGAUGCCUCCACCUCGGUGCAGCGCCUCGUCUCCCUCCACCGAGCUGUCAUGGUGGUCUUGCCCCUGAGCCUCGUCCUUGUCGUGUGCGGCUGGAUCUGCGGCCUCUUCGGUUCCCUGGCACAGAGCGUCCUGCUGCUGCUCUCCGCCGGCUGCUACUUCUUGCUGGGAGGUGCCCUGACCCUGGUGGGCACCAGCUACUCGCACCUGGCCUUCCCUGAGACUGCCCACCAAUACGGCCCCCCGGACGUCCGCAUCAGCUUCGGCUGGUCCGCAGCCCCGGCCUGGGGCUGUUGCGCCUCGGAGGCACUCAGCGGCCUCCCCCUGCUCACAGCGGCCCGAGCCCUCAGCCUGAGCCGGCAGCCGGGUGUCCCCCGCCCCGUGGUCAUCUGA